AUGACAGAAGCUGAAAAAAAAAGUUUUUUCGAGCUGGCAAUAGCCAGGGCUCCGGGGAAACGCCAAAUAAAGCCAACGGCCGCCGUUUUGGAUCUAGUCAUUCCUGCAGAUGAGGACGAUGAUGAGGAUUUCGUUGGAGAAACUGGAAGCGGGUCGGAAGGGUCUGGUUCAGGAUCCUCUAGUGAAGAUUCUGAUUCUGAAGGCGGUGAAGAAGGACAAGAAGAAGAAGAUGAAGAAACCGCUGAAGUAGAAAACGAGCUUGCCGAACUCAAUGAAGAUUCGACAUUGCCAGUUGUUGACUUGCUCAAUACAUCCCAAGAGAGUAUACAAGGUGCUGAUAGAAUUUGUGCUCUGUGCUUCAACAUAAAAAGCAGUGCAGGCGAUGAUAUUAUCAUUUGCGACAGAUGUGGGGUUGCAGUACAUGAGUCAUGUUAUCUACCUGAUAUUGUCGAUGACGCUUCUUCCUCGUGUUCUUCCGCCUCAACAGAACCUUGGUUCUGUGAGCCUUGCACAUAUGGCUUAGUUGAACCUCCAAAUUGCGAGUUUUGUCCUGAUAGGCAUGGUGCUUUCAAACGUUCAGAUAUCGGAGGACGGUGGGUUCAUCUCAUUUGUGCUUUGUAUACUCGAGGCGUCACAUUCGGGGAUAUUGAUCAUUUGAGUGCCGUGAGUUGGCAAGAAAUGGAUCAUCGCAACUUUGGAAGAAAGUCUUGUAAUGCGUGCACUGAUAAGUUGGAAGCCAGGGUUGGAGUCGCUACUCGUUGUGAACUGGGUCUAUGCAAAAAUCAUUAUCAUAUCACUUGUGCUCAAAAAUUGGGUCUUUUAGUUGAUCUCUCUGAAGCUGAACAUGUGGAUGAAGCUCAUGCUGUUGAACCACGCUAUAUCAGUUGUAAAAAGCAUUCAAACUCUGAUACAAUAAAAGCGAAAAGAGCGGCUUACUUGAAAUGGUACGUUCAGGAAGAACGGAGAUUGCUUGGUAUCAGAAGGAGAAUUUUGAACGAACGUGAAGAAGAGCAGCGUUUGAAAGCAUUGGAAAAAUUUGAGAAAGAGAACAAAGCAUUAAUUGGGAUAACUAUAUGUUGGCCUGGAGCAAAUUUCGAUCCGGUGGACAAGCGUGCUCGACGUAGUCGACAUUUACAUACUUCCGCUCGAUAUUUAGAAGCUUUUCGAGAAAAGGCGGAGUUAGCUCAUGUGGAGAAAAAUGAUUUCGAUCAGGAGUUCUUCCGUGUUAAAGGAGAUAUGCUGCCAUUCCUGUAUCCCGGUUUCUCCCAACAUUUCGUUGAGUAUUUCAAUAACAGAGAAGACAAAGUCUUUGACACGGAGCAAAAGCGAUUAGAUGAAGCUAAGUUUGGUGUGGAACAUUUGAAGAAGAAGCAAGACACUCUCAUGACGCAGUUUAAGAAGCUGGAGAAAGAGUAUCAGGAAAAUCAUGCCAACGCAAUUUCCGCGAAACAAUUGAUUCACAAAAUCCAUACGGCGUUCAAAGAUUUAGGAGUUCCCGAACUUCCAACCAUUCCUGAUCAUUUGAUGUUAGAAAGUCCGAAAAAGACUAAAGCAUCGAAGUCAGGAGAGGCCAAGCCUACAUUACAUUCUUGUAACGAAUGUAAAAAUAAUAAUAACCAGCACAAGUUGAUUCAUUGUGAUGGCUGCAAGUUUUGGAUUCACUUAUCCUGUUUAGAUCCUCCUCUUGAAAAAAUGCCAAAGAAGACGAACUAUUCGUGGUUUUGUAGUCGUUGUUGUGAAUCUAGUGAUGGUGAUCACUCUGGUUUGUUAGAUGAAGAAGAUAGUGUUGAUGGGAUAUCUUCUCGUCGUUUGAGGCAAAGAAGUGAAGUCAAACGAAAUAGGAAAUAUGAUCAUUCGCCGAUUUCUUACUCCUCAUCAUCGAAGAAAAAAGGAAAAAGACUGAGUGAAACUAAUCAAUCACCGGAAGUGCGUCAAACGCAAAAAAGGAAGUCUGUCGAUGUUGAAGAAAGAACAAAACGACCCCGAGUUAGUUCGACCAAGAAGGUAAACGUGUCUAUCACGGAGAACAUCCCUGAAGAUGCUCCCACUGAAGUAAAUGAAGAAGAAAACAAAGAAAAGAGCAAAGAUGAAAAUAUUCCCGAUCCUGAAGAUUUUGUUGCAAAAGAAACUUGA